AUGCCUGGAGCGGUUCUUACAUCUGAUUCUCGUCUUUGCAUCCACAAACGUUUUACGGCCACAGAUAUGUCUACUAUUGCCGACAGAAGACUCCACCAAGAGAUCGUUGACUUUACUUCCUACAUCCGGCCAACGUCCGCUGAGACUGUCGUCCGCAGCACCCUUUACAACGCUUUGGAACAAAUAAUAAGACGCGCUGUGUCUCCUCAGGCGUUGUGCUCUAUCGAGCUUUUCGGAAGUAGUAAGAUUGGAUUGGGGCUUCCUGGCGGUGACAUGGAUAUUGUUGUAAUCACCAAACAAGACCACUCAACUUCCAAGAUCCACAAAAAAUUCGCAUUUAGGGUAGCAGACCAUCUCAGGCGUUCGGGGGUCGUACGUGCGGGGUUUUCCAACGACACGGGUGAAGAGGGUAUACAAGUAAAUCAUUUUGCCCCUGUACCAAUCGUUAAAUGCCGGUCCCUAAGUAGCUGGGGCAAUAUUCCUAUCGACAUAUCAUUCGCUCAAGAACAAUCUUCGAAGUCUGCAGGCACCCUUGUAGCAUCUAUCAUUCAAACGCAUCUGGAAUCCCAGCCAGCCCUUGCACCUCUGGCUCUCGUUCUCAAAACAUUCCUGAAGCAGAGAGGCCUAGGAAGUGCGGUGAGCGGUGGAUUAGGCAGUUAUCCCUUGAUAGUGAUGAUUAUCAGUUUCUUACAGCUUAACCCCUUGCAUCUUCCGCCUACAUCUAUUUCUAAUACAUUAGAUGGAGGUGUCCGUUCCCUUGGCCGACUCUUGACCAAUUUUUUCGUUUACUAUGGGUCACUGUUUCCCUACGAUGAAAAGUAUAUCAGCAUCGCACCAGCAGCUACCAACGCGAACCACGACCAAAAUAUGAUCACUAUGGAUUCAAGCUCAGGUUUUUGGGCAAAUCCCUCUUUGAUGGAAGAGGGAGAGAUAAUCGAGGAAGAACAGACAACGGAAAACAAAACAGUAUUUGGAUCUGGACCAGCGUCGGAGCGAGAAGUGGGCGGGCUGAAACCUCGCGCAGGUGUCACUUGGAUAAAGAAUACAACCUACGGAAAGAUCGCAAUUCAAUGUGUUGUUGAUCCCAUGAAUGACAUCGGCAAAGCCACAUCAAGAAUGAAGAACGUCGUUGCGGCGUUCAAGGAAGCUGCCACAAUUCUGCUAUCACUUCAAAAUGAAGAUAGCGCUGAUGAUAUCUUAGGAAAAAUCAUACAUUUGAGUAACGAAGCUACCGCUCACCGUGCGCAAAUCGAACAAAUUGUGAAGGAAGACGAGCUGGGGAGAUUUAUUACGAAUCACACAAGACCGGUGAAGGCUAACCACAAGAAGAGACCUGGACAAGGACUAUCGCCAUCACCAGCCCCUGCGAUAAAACCCAGGACUAGAAGUACUAGACCAAACGGAGAAGAAAACCCCGAACCGAAAUAUAUAAGGGAAGCUACAAACAAAAAGGUCAAGGUACGGAAAAAGCAGAGAAGCAAGGUUGAUGUGAUAGCUUCAGAAAUGACAUUUCAGAUGUAG